UUUUAAAAACGUUCCUUCCACUAAAUUUUCUCGGAAGGAAUACAAAUUCACCAAAAUUUUCUGAAACUCCUCCCACCACCAGUUCCUCCUCCAGAUCCUUCCCUUUCACUCUCGAUCAUCACUCUCUCUAAAAGCCUCUUCAAGCUGAAUAUAUACGUUAAGCUUCAGUAGAAAUGGCUACCGGGGCUGUACCGGCUUCCUUUACGGGUCUGAAGAGCAGGGACCCAAGCUUGGGGUUCACGAGAAGUAUGGAUUUUGUGAGAAUUUCUGAUAUGCAAAAGGUUAAGGCUGGUAGAAGAAAGGUCUCGGUCAUACGGAAUUCAAAUCCCGGCACCGAUACAGCUGAACUUCAGACUGCAUCGGAGCGGAGCCCUCUAUUAGUUCCUAGGCAAAAAUAUUGUGGAUCGUUACACAAAACUGUCAGGAGGAAUACACGGACUGUGAUGGUCGGAAAUGUGGCUCUUGGUAGUGAGCAUCCCAUAAGGAUUCAAACAAUGACCACAACUGACACCAAGGAUGUUGCUGCAACAGUUGAACAGGUAAUGAGAAUUGCAGACAAAGGAGCAGAUAUCGUUCGAAUAACCGUCCAAGGGAAGAAAGAAGCAGAUGCAUGUUUUGAAAUCAAGAACUCUCUUGUGCAAAAAAAUUACAAUAUACCUCUGGUGGCAGAUAUUCAUUUUGCUCCCUCUGUUGCACUGCGUGUUGCAGAAUGCUUUGACAAGAUUCGUGUCAACCCUGGAAAUUUCGCUGAUAGGCGGGCUCAGUUUGAGAAGCUAGAGUACACAGAAGAGGACUAUCAGAAAGAACUAGAGCAUAUUGAGCAGAUUUUUACUCCGUUGGUGGAAAAAUGUAAGAAGUAUGGAAGAGCAAUGCGUAUUGGGACCAACCAUGGAAGUCUUUCAGAUCGCAUAAUGAGUUACUAUGGGGAUUCUCCAAGGGGAAUGGUUGAAUCUGCAUUUGAGUUUGCAAGGAUAUGCAGGAAGUUGGACUACCAUAAUUUUGUCUUCUCAAUGAAAGCAAGCAACCCAGUUGUCAUGGUCCAGGCAUACCGUCUGCUUGUAGCUGAAAUGUAUGUUCAGGGCUGGGAUUAUCCAUUACACUUGGGAGUCACUGAAGCUGGAGAAGGUGAGGAUGGUCGGAUGAAAUCUGCAAUUGGCAUUGGGACCCUUCUUCAGGAUGGUCUAGGUGAUACUAUCAGAGUUUCUCUUACAGAACCGCCAGAGGAGGAGAUAGAUCCCUGCAGAAGAUUGGCCUAUCUUGGUAUGAGAGCAGCUGAACUUCAGCAAGGGGUGGCUCCAUUUGAAGAAAAGAACAGACAUUAUUUUGAUUUUCAGCGCCGAUCUGGUCAAUUGCCAAUGCAAAAAGAGGGUGAGGAGGUGGAUUAUAGAGGUGUCCUGCACCGUGAUGGUUCUGUUCUCAUGUCAGUUUCCCUGGAUCAGUUGAAGAUGCCAGAGCUCCUUUACAAGUCACUUGCAACAAAACUUGUUGUUGGCAUGCCAUUUAAGGAUCUGGCAACAGUGGACUCAAUCUUAUUGAGAGAACUUCCACCAGUAGAUGAUGAUGAUGCUCGGCUAGCUCUCAAAAGGCUGAUAGAUAUAAGCAUGGGGGUUAUAACUCCCUUGUCAGAGCAGCUAACAAAGCCAUUGCCCAAUGCCAUGGUUUUGGUAAACCUGAAUGAAUUAUCAACCGGUGCUUACAAGCUUUUGCAAGAAGGCACACGUUUGGUUGUGUCUGUACGUGGCGAUGAGCCCUACGAAGAGCUAGAAAUCCUCAAAGACGUUGAUGCUACCAUGCUUCUUCAUGAACUACCCUUGACUGAAGAUAAAAUCAGCAGAGUGCAUGCAGCAAGGAGGCUAUUUGAGUACCAAGCAGAGAAUUCUCUGAACUUCCCUGUAAUUCACCAUAUUCAGUUUCCCAAUGGGAUUCACAGGGAUGACUUGGUCAUUAGGGCUGGUACCUAUGCUGGAGCCCUUCUUGUUGAUGGACUUGGAGAUGGUGUCCUAUUAGAAGCCCCAGAUAAGGAUUUUGAUUUCCUCCGGAAUACAUCUUUCAAUUUGCUACAAGGUUGCAGAAUGCGGAAUACAAAGACGGAGUACGUCUCAUGCCCAUCCUGUGGCAGAACUUUGUUUGACCUUCAAGAAAUAAGUGCACAAAUACGAGAAAAGACAUUACACUUGCCUGGUGUUUCAAUUGCAAUCAUGGGUUGCAUUGUGAAUGGACCAGGGGAGAUGGCUGAUGCAGACUUUGGAUAUGUUGGUGGUACUCCUGGAAAGAUUGACCUUUAUGUUGGGAAGACGGUGGUGAAGCGUGGAAUUGCAAUGGAGCAUGCAACCGAUGCCCUGAUCCAGCUUAUAAAAGAUCAUGGCCGCUGGGUUGACCCUCCUGCAGAAGAGUAAGAGCACUAGCACUAGCACUAGCACUAGCACGGGCAGUUCUGGUUGGCGGAUAGAAAUGAAGAGACUGUCGAAGAUAGAUCACUGUCUCUCCCGUCCCCCAAAGCCAACGUCAAUAUGGAAAUCUAUUUCCGCAAACUACAUGUAAGCCGCCCAUUCGAAUUAUAUGUUCAUCAACUUUUAUAUAAACAGCAUUGUAAUACUCCCCCAUUAUUAGUAAAAAUAUAUAUAUAUAUAUAUAUAUAGUUUACCGGAUAA